AACUAACAUUGAACAUAAUUGUGUUCCCUUCUCUUGAGGGUGGUGAAAGGUUGGAAAAUGGCGGAACCUGAUAUCAAGCCAACAUUGGUGAAUAAUUCAUCCACCAAUAGUUGGCAGAAAUCAGGACGUCGUGUGGCUUUCGAAGUGCCCUCCAACCACCACCACCCAAAUAACUCCCCUAGCCUAAAUGAUAUUGAUACCUCCAUUUAUGAUUUUGAUAGGGAACACUAUCAUCCAUGUUGUUUGGCAUGUUGUGCAUGGUCAUGUCUUGUCAUGUUCAUCUUUGUCAUAACUUUUCUUGUUUUUGGGAUCUCCUAUUUGGCUUUCCUCCAAGCAGGAAUGCCCAAAGUCAAUGUUAGGACGUUCAACAUCAUCAAGUUUCAAGUCGACAAUAGCUCACAAAAUAUGGAUGCAAGCAUAAGUUUAGGUUUAAGAUUCUCUAACAAAAAUGAGGAGCUCAAACUUUUGUAUGGUCCUCUUUUUCUUGAUGUCACUAGUGACGGUGUGUUAUUAGGUAAAACUAAACUUAAUGGUUUCUCCCAAAUGCCUCGAAAUGACACAGAUUUGGAUAUGACAAUGACAAUGAACCAUGCAAGUGUUAAUAAGUAUGAUGCAGAUGAGUUAAAGUCAGACAUCAUGGCUAAUGAGAUGGUGUUUGAUGUGUUUGUUAGUGGAAACAUUGGUGUCCAUAUUGGAAGUUUGAAGAUGAUAAACGUUCCUUUUCUUACAUCUUGUGAACAAAUCAAGCGGAUGGAUGUUGAUUUUGGAAGAAGGCCAGGAUGUAAUAUCAAGAUGUUUGCUUAUAGACCUUCACCCAAUUGAUGACAUGAACCGUUACAAACAAGUUUUUCUCAAAGCAAUGGUUCACCAUCCUUGGUUAAGAGACAAGUUUAUUAUUCAUAGGAAAAAUGGCUUCUACAAAUGUUGUAAAGCGUUUGAGGGCCGUUAGAGACAUUUAUAUCUUUGAAGUAUUUCAAUCUAGAUAAUUAAACUUCUUUUUUUCAUUGUGGACAUGUAUAUAUGGUCAUCAAUGUUGCCAUAUAGUCCAACCACAUGCAUACUUUUUAAGACAAGAGGUAUCAAAUAUAUUCAAUUUUUAAACGUAGAACCUCUAAAAUCGCAACAUAUUUUCUCUUAA